UUUUCCUCUGUGGUGGCCCUGGGAGCCAGCAUCAUCUGUAACAAGAUCCCAGGUCUUGCCCCCCGGCAGCGGGCGAUCUGCCAGAGCAGGCCCGACGCUAUUAUCGUCAUCGGGGAAGGGUCCCAGAUGGGCAUCAACGAGUGCCAGUUCCAGUUUCGCAACGGGCGCUGGAACUGCUCUGCCCUGGGAGAGAGGACCGUCUUCGGGAAGGAGCUGAAAGUGGGUAGCAGAGAAGCAGCAUUCACAUAUGCCAUCAUUGCUGCUGGAGUAGCACAUGCAAUCACGGCUGCCUGUACACAGGGCAACCUGAGUGACUGUGGUUGUGACAAAGAAAAACAAGGACAGUACCAUAAAGAGGAAGGAUGGAAAUGGGGAGGCUGCUCUGCUGACAUCAGAUACGGAAUAGGAUUCGCCAAAGUGUUUGUGGAUGCCCGGGAGAUUAAGCAAAACGCAAGGACCCUCAUGAACCUGCACAACAACGAGGCCGGGCGGAAGAUUCUGGAAGAAAACAUGAAGUUAGAGUGCAAGUGCCAUGGGGUCUCAGGAUCCUGUACCACUAAAACAUGCUGGACAACCCUGCCUAAAUUCCGGGAGCUGGGCUACAUCCUUAAGGACAAAUACAACGAAGCUGUUCAAGUCGAACCAGUGAGGGCAAGUCGUAACAAGCGUCCAACCUUCCUCAAAAUAAAGAAGCCACUUUCCUAUCGCAAACCCAUGGAUACAGAUUUAGUGUACAUAGAAAAAUCUCCCAAUUAUUGUGAAGAAGACCCUGUCACUGGCAGUGUGGGAACGCAGGGAAGGAUGUGCAACAAGACAGCCCAGCAGUCCAAUGGCUGCGAUCUGAUGUGCUGUGGUCGAGGUUACAAUACACACCAGUACUCAAGAGUGUGGCAGUGCAACUGCAAAUUUCAUUGGUGCUGCUAUGUUAAAUGCAACACAUGCAGUGAAAGAACAGAAGUAUAUACCUGUAAGUGAGUACGUGGCUGGGCAGGCUGACCAUGUCCCUGGCCACGAAUACAUUUGCACAUGCACUCAACGUACCUACGCAAGACUGUAGGAAAGACCUGCUCUCCCAGAAGAAAUGCUGAUGAAUGGAGCC